AUGGGGACCGGCGUGUGGAGGACGCGCCUUAAAAUAGUCUAUAGAAACGCGUCAGUAGUACCCUUCCUCGCCGCCGCUGACACCGACGUCGCGCUCACGAUCUUUCACGCCCUGGCCUCCCGGGGUCAGCCGCGGCGGCGCGGCUUUCUUCGAGUACGCGUCCCACUCGCGUCGCGUGUGCGCCACCUUCUUCCCCUCGCCACCGCCGACGAUGGCGCGCCCCGGCGUCGGCGUCGCGUCCGCCCGCCGACCAUCCGUCGUCGCGCACUUCAGCGCGUCCAUCUCCCGGGCGUGCAGCAUCCUCUGCUGAUGCAGCGCCGCCUCGACGCGGCCGUCCGCGCGAUCCAGCCGCGCGUUGAGCUUUUGAAACAUCGCGCUGAUCCCGUCCUCGAGGGCGUGCACCGCGGUCUCGACGCGUCGGAGCCUGCGAACGACCGCGAGCUCGACGCCACCCUCGACGAGCUCUUCAUCGCUCGCGUCGAGAUCUUCUGCGGCUUCGAAGCGGUCUCUGAUCGCCGCGAGAUUCUCGAGCGAUUUCGCCGCGGCGUCCGCGAUCUCCGCGUCCCUCGCGACGGACGCCAUCUUCAACAUCGCCAUCAGCGGCGGAGGCGGCGCGGGGCCGGUGUUCCCGCGCGUCCCCGCCGCCGUCGGGGUCGCGACGACGUCGAGGUCGCGCGCGGAUCCGCCUCCCAUCGCGGCGCGCAACAUCUCUGCCAAUCCGGCGGGGACGCCCUCGGACGACGGCAUCGUUGUCGCCGCGUCCCUCGCGUCGCCGUCGCAAUCCCGCGCAUCUCGGUUACCCUCUCCUCUGAGCUCCAAGACGACGCCCUUGAACAACACCCUUCGUCCCGCGGCGUCCUCCGGGUGCGUCGGGAACAGCUUGACGAGGAGCGCUGUGCAUUCGCUCGGGCCCACAGACGCGGCGCACUCGAAAAAGACGCGGCCCUUUUCUCCGCCGCCAUCGCCGCCGCGACGGAGUAUCCUCGCCACGCGAGUGCCUCCCGGAGUGUGUCCGACGCUCGACGACCCGGGGGGUUUCCGCCGCGCGGUCAGGGCGUCGUCGUCGUCGUCGUCGAGACGGAUCUGCUUCCGUGUCGAGUCGUUGGCGACGUCGUCGUCGUCGUCGAUUCGCGUCCCCGCCGCUCGACGCUCGCCGACGAAGCCCGCCCUGGACGCGUAUUCCCCACCCACCGCGUUCGCGCACGCCGCGGACGACGUCGGCGUGCCGCGUAUCGUCCGGACAUACUGCCUUUCUUUCAGCGUCGGAUGGAUCGCGUACAGCUCGACCGUCUUCGCGCUGGACACGAUCGAGAUCGUUCGGACCGCCGCGGACGACGGAAGCGGGAUCGUGACCUCGCAGUGCGCGGACGCUUUCGCGGUGAGGCGCUCGAGGAGGCACGCGUCCGCGGCAACGGACGAGACGGACGCGACCGCGCGCUCGAACCCGCCGUUGAACGCUUCGCGAUGGGUCAAGACGCGGACGCGGCGGAGCAGAGGACCGGAUCGCGCGUUUCCGCUCGUCUCGGAGGCGCCGCGCGCGUCGACGACGGUGCACGCGUCCUCGGUCUCGGCCUCGGCGACGGACCACGAACAUCGCGGCGGUUUCAUCCUCGGCGCGGCCAUCGCGGGGCUUGCGUGCUCGCUUCUCAAGCGCGCUCGAAUCUGAAUUGUGAAGACUGA